AUGAGUUGUCGGGAUUCACUCAACAUCAUGAAAGAUUUUCGUAUGGUUCCUAAGACAGGUCUAAACACACCAUUUCAAGGUGGCUUGUUAAAGGAUGUAGCUGAAAGUGUUAUAAAGUGGGCGAAGGAUGGCUUGGAAAGGAGAGGCAUUGGGGAAUUAAUGUACUUGAAUGAGCUAGCAGAGGAUGUUACAACAGGUGUGACACCAGCUGAGAAGCUUGUGCAGAUGUAUAAUGAAAAGUGGGAAAAAAAUGUUGAUCCUGUGUUUGAGGAGCUACGCUACUAA